AUGAGGGACAAGAGAGGAGCCACGGAACACCUCAUCAGGUUGGGAGUGGAGUCUAUUAGCACACAGGCUAUUAGCAGAGGACACCCUCACCCUCCUAACAUAGGGCUCUCCCAUUUCCUUGUGUCCAGGUGGAAGUUCUGGCGCUUGGGGAUCUGCAAGGCACUUGUCCCCCUGCAGACUGCCUGGAAUGCCUUCUCCCGACCUGUCCCAGCCAGCUGUUGUGAACUAUUGACACAGCUGCUCCUGUGUGUUUCCCUGGCCUGUGUCAUUGCAGCCCUGGCUCAUCACUGGCUGGUCUCUUCACAGCUUUAUCCUCAGGGGCCCCCUGCCCUGGUGAUCACUGUCUGUGGUCUCCUGGUCUUCCUGAGCCUGGGCCUGGUGCCCCCCAUCCGCUGCCUAUUUGCACUCAGUGUGCCUACUCUGGGCUCUGAGCAAGGUCGUCGGUUGCUCCUGUCCUACAGCGUAGCCAACCUGGCUGUGGCUGUGGUACCAAACAUCAUAGCCAACGUGGGUACAGCUGGGCGAGUGCUGAGCUGUGUAACUGAGGGCUCAUUGGAGAAUCUGCUUAACACCACUUACCAGCUGCGCUUGGUAUCCCAGGCACUGGAGCCAGUCAGCCAAGCAGGCAGCCGGAGCCUGGCAUUCGAGACACAGGGCAAUGGUUCAGCCUUCCGCCUUCACACUCACAGGGUCAGUCAGCAGAUCCUGGAUGACUUCUCUAGUCUGGAGCUCCUGGCUCAGGCAGCACUAGGGACUCAGCGGGUGGUCACCGGGCUGUUUAUGCUGGGCCUCCUGGCUGAGUCUGCCUGGUACCUUCACCGCUACCUCACUGACCUACGCUUCGACAAUAUCUAUGCCACCCGGCAGCUGGUUCGGCAGCUGGCACAGGCUGGUGCCACACAUGUGCUGGCCUCUCCACCUCCCUGGCUGCUCCAAGCAGCCCAGCCAAAGUUGUCGCACGAGGAGCUGCUGAGCUGUCUCCUAAGGCUGGGGCUACUGGCUCUGCUCCUAGUAGCUACAGCUGUGACAGUGGCCACAGACUAUGGGGCCUUCCUCCUGGCACAGGCAGCUGUGGCCUGGGCUCGGAAGUUGCCCACUGUCCCCAUCACACUCACAGUCAAGUAUGAUGCCUCGUAUACGCUACUAGGCUUCAUCCUCUUCAUCCUCAACCAGCCUCCGGUGGAGAGCAUGGUUGCCUCGGCACAGCGCUCCUUCCAGUGGGAGCUGUCCUCCUUGCCCCAAGACUGCCACCUGCCUCAGGCUCAGCCACCUCGAGUCACUGCUGCAUUGGCCUCGGGCUCCCUGCAAUUGCUGGCGGGCACCACCUUAGUACUGCAGACCUAUGCUUGGCGCCUGCGGCAUGCCAUCGCUGCCUCCUUCUUCCCAGCCCAGGAAGCCAGGAGGGUUAGCCAUUUGCAGGACCGGCUGCAGAGGAGACAUGACCGGAUUAACCGCCUGGACAGACAGGCCUGCACCAUUGGCACCUGGGGACCCAAGGAGCCUGGGCAGGGGACAAGAGCUCCAGAGUCACAGGGACCUCAAUCACUUGGUUCCUCUUUGUCCUUGGUGUGA